AUGAAGGCCUUCUUCACUCUCUUUGCCUUUGGCAGCCUCAUCGCCAGCACCAUCGCCAACCCCAUCGGCACCGCCACCGGUCUCCAGAAACGCCAAGAUGAAGACUACAGUGUCCAGGAAGCCAGCCUGAAUGAUCUCUUCGCCAAGAUCCAGGAGCAGACCGGUGCCAUCAACAAGACCGUUGCCACGGCCCCCGAUAGCCCCACCGACGACGAGGCCAACGCCUUCGCUGCCGAGAUUGCUCCCCAGCUGGAGGCCAUCACCGCUCUCUUGAACACCGCUACCGCCUCUUACUCGGCAAAGCGCGAUGUGGUGGACUCCCGCACCGAGAAGUGCGACAAGACUUGCAUCUUCGGCGUCAUCACCAUCUUGAUCUGGGAGAUCCUCGGUCUCGUCAAGUUCCUCAUCUUCAAGCUCGGCCUUGCCUGCGUCUUGAUCUACCUGCAGCCCCUGGUUCUCGCCCUCGUCGGUCUCAUCAAGGCCCUCGAUAUCGUCAUCGGUAGCCUGCUCUUCGCUGUCGGCGGCAUCGUCAACCAGCUGCUCGCCGCUGUUGGCCUUGGCCUUCUCGGCUUGUCUUAA